AUGACCUCCAAGGCAAUGACCUCCAAGGCAAAUGUGUAUACCUGGAUAGCUGAUUAUGCCUGCAGACAUAGGCUGGAGGACCUGAUCUUCGAGCUAUUUAAAGAUACUGGCAGUGGCAGAGUUUCCAUCACCGACCUCUCUCACAUAAAUUUAAAACAUGCUCUUGUGUGGAUGACAGUGAAAAGGGAUUGCCAGGAAGGAUUUGAAGAGGUUGUGAGGGCUGUGGACUCCCUCCUUGAUGAUGCUGUUGCCUCAGACAGUUUGGAACUUUUCGUAAGGUUGUCUCUGGGCCUUAGAUUGAAGGACCUUUCUCACAGUUUAUCACUUUCAAAGAGCAUGUUUGAGGACAAAUUGGACAGACAUUUUCCUAACUCAAAAUUUUGGCUAAAAAACAACUACUUAUUUCAAGUAUUUUCUUCGAAAGAUGCUCAUCUCUUGGAAAAAAGCAUUGCUGACGUCUGCCAGUAUUUCAGAAUCCUUAUCAGAAACAAAACAGAGAGAAGCUAUUUACUUACCAAUUACUCCGAGUCCCAAUUUGGAAACAAACUGUCAGAAAGUUUGAAAAGUUUGACUGUAGAAUUUUUUGAUCGGCUGUCUUUCAACCAGCCCAGAAAUAUGUUAGAGAAGAUAACAAUGUCCAACGUGGGAGACUCUAUGAAAGAAAAUUCCUCCCCAUGGUAUGCGUGGCUUGUAGACAAAUUAUCAGGUGUCCGUGUCUUGAAUGAUGAUGUAGUGAGGGAACUAUUCACCAGCUUACAGCAACAGGAAGUUGUGGGACUUAACUCUCAACAGCUGAUUCCUAAUGACAGAACAGUACGGGACAGGAAGUCCCUGUUGGACAUGACUGAAUUAAGAAGUGCUUGUUCUCAAAAAGCUGUGACCUUCCACAACAGAGCGGAACUUUCUAGUAAAUGUUACUAUUGCCAGUGUGAAAGCAGUUCCUCAGAAUCUGACGAUGCCGGCCUCAGUUUUGUCCCUUCAUCUCAGGGAGAGUUGGAUAUCUGGCCUUUGCAUACAAGCAUUGGAAAUUACAAGAGGAACUACAGUGGGAUCACACCAAAUCUGCGGCAGUUUCUCAAACAGGAUGGUAUCCGUGGUUGUCUUGUCAAACUUAAGAGGAUCUGA